UUCAGAUAGAAAAGUUCGGUGAAGAGAUAGUUCUUGAGACUCAGCUCUCUCUCUCUUUCUCUGAGAAAGCUGGAGCUUCACGCACGAGAAUGGCUACUUCUUCUCUUGUCUCUUUCCUAUGCCUCUCCUCUCCCAAAACGAAAUUCAGGCCAAUGGCAGCUCUCAACAAAUCCUCCAGAACAUAUGAGCUGAAGAAGGGGCAGACCCGUCUUUACCAUAAGCUUCCCUCUGGUCUAAAAAUGGAGGUCAUCGAGCAAAGAAAAGAGAAAGACGAAAGAAGAAGAAGAAGCGAGAAAGAGAACCCACCAUUGGUUUUUGUUCAUGGAAGCUACCACGCAGCUUGGUGCUGGGCUGAGCAUUGGUUACCUUUCUUCUCUUCUUCUGGGUUUGAUUCUUAUGCCAUCAGCUUAUUAGGUCAGGGUGAAAGUGAUGAGCCUUUGGGAACAGUUGCUGGAACACUUGAGACGCACGCAAGUGAUAUUGCGAACUUCAUCGAGUCAAACCUUAGCUCUUCGCCUCCUCCUGUUGUUAUCGGUCAUUCUUUUGGAGGGCUCAUUGUUCAAUAUUACUUGGCAAAUAUCUCAAAUAAACAGCCGUUAGUUACUGAAGCUACAAAUGCAUAUCCAGACAUUUCAGGGGCUGUACUAGUUUGUUCCGUGCCACCUUCGGGUAAUAGCGGGUUAGUGUUGCGCUAUCUCUUUACUAAACCCGUAGCAGCCUUUAAGGUAACUCUCAGUUUAGCCGCUAAGCGUUUUCAGACAUCUAUUCCUCUUUGUCGGGAAACAUUCUUCUCUUCAGCCAUGGAUGAUCACCUAGUGCAGCGUUACCAGGAUCUGAUGAAAGAGAGUUCAAGGAUGCCAUUGUUUGAUCUCAAAAAGCUAAACGCAUCACUUCCGGUACCAAAACCAAAGGAAAAUUCGACAAACGUUCUGGUUUUAGGUGCCAAAGAUGAUUUCAUAGUGGACGACGAAGGACUGAAGGAAACCGGGCGGUUUUAUGAUGCCGAGCCGGUUUGUAUUGAAGGUGUUGCUCAUGAUAUGAUGCUUGACUGUUCAUGGGAGGAAGGUGCCGAGGUUCUUUUGUAUUGGCUAUCUAAGCCGAGAAAUCUACCUGCUUAAACUAACCGAACUGAAUUGAAAUUUUCGGUUUACAAUAUUGGUCAGCUACUUUUGGUCCUCCUUGUCCGCUUGUUGGUCCUCUUGAUCAGAAUUUGAAAAUGAUCUUCAGUUUACAAUAUAA